UGACCACCCUGUGUCUCCCCCCAGGAGCGGCUGCACAGGAGCUGCAGGUGAUCCAGCCUGAGAAGCCAGUGUCUGUCGCUGCUGGAGAGUCGGCCACUCUGCACUGCACUGUGACCUCCCUGCUCCCCGUGGGGCCCCAGAAGUGGUUUAAGGGGGCAGGGCCAGGCCGGGAGUUGAUCUACAACUUCAGAGAAGGCCACUUCCCCCGAGUCACAAAAGUCUCAGAUGCCACAAAGAGGGACAACAGGGACUUUUCCAUCCGCAUCAGUAAUGUCACCCCAGCAGACUCUGGCACCUACUACUGUGUGAAGUUCCAGAAAUCGACCCCUGUUGAUAAGGAGUAUAAGUCUGGACCAGGCACUGAGUUGUCUGUGCGAGCCAGACCUUCUCCCCCCAUGGUAUCGGGUCCAGCGAGGAGGGCCACACCUGGGCAGAUGGUGAGCUUCACCUGCAAAUCCCAUGGCUUCUCCCCCCGCAACAUCACCCUCAAGUGGUUCAAAAAUGGGAAUGAGCUCUCGCACACCCAGACCAGCGUGCACCCCACGGGAGAAAGUGUGUCCUUCAAUGUGACCAGCACAGCCCAGGUGACCCUGGCCCCAGGGGAUGUCCACUCUCAGGUCAUUUGUGAGGUGGCCCACAUCACCCUACGGGGGAGCCCUCCUCUUCGUGGGACUGCCAACUUAUCUGACACCAUCUGAGUUCCGCCCACCGUGGAGGUCACCCCACAGCCCACCAUGACAUGGAACCAGGUGAACGUCACCUGCCAGGUGAAGCACUUCUACCCCCGGAGCCUACAGGUGACCUGGGUGGAGAAUGGAAAUGUGUCCAGGACAGAGAUGGCCUCAACCCGCUCAGAGAACAAAGACGGGACCUUCAACCUGACGAGCUGGCUGCUGGUCAACUCCUCUGUGCACAGGGAGGACGUGACGUUCACCUGCCGGGUGGAGCAUGAUGGUCAACCAGCCACCACCAGGAGCUACACCCUGCAGGUCUCUGCUGGCCCCAGGGAGCAAGGCCUGGACAACACCCCUG